GAAGGAUGAAGUUGGUGAAUGGAGAGUCGAGGGCUGUGUAGAGAAGAUUAAAACAGCGCGAGCGGGAAUGAGCGGGUUAGAGCAACCGGUCCGGGUCGGACAGUGAGAGAGAGAGAGAGAGAGAGAGAGAGAGAGAGAGUGUGUGUGUGUGUGUGUGUGUGUGUAAGCUCUCAGCACUUGGAGCAGCGUUGUGAAGAUGUGCCGGCUGGAAACGCGGAGUGAGAAAGUGUAAAGGACAGCGGUAAGUGGUUGGUGCAGUGGUGUGCGGGCACAGAUGGCUGAGGUGAUGGAGGGAGGUGCAGCGGGUGCAGUGGUAGCUGUGUCUGGUGCCAGUGUAGACUGGCAGAAGAGAUGUGUGUCCCUCGAGAUGCAGCUUCUCCGCUUCCGGCUGCAAGCGGGCAAAAUCCGACAGCUACUGGCUGAGAAGAUGCAAGAACUUGAGCAAAGAGUGACCGAGUCUGACCAGAGAGCUGAGAAUGCUGAGAAACAGGUACACAUAAUGGAAGAGAAGCUUAAGUCAGCAAAUGUGCUGCCCAGCGAAUCAGAAAGCUCCUUAUACAGAAGAUAUCAAGAGCUGACCAGUCAGAUGCAGGAGAAAGAUGUGAUGAUAAAGAGACUUGAAGCACAGCUGGAAAAACAGAGUUUGGUUCGGGCCCAAGAAGCCAAGAUUAUAGAGGAGAAGGCAGCCAAAAUCAAAGACUGGGUUACAUUCAAGUUAAGAGAGAUGGAAGUGGAGAACCAACAGCUGAAGAUGGUCAAUAUGAAGCAGGCGGAGCAAAUUAUCCAGCAGCAGGACAAGCUUCAAACUCUGUUGGAGAGACCCACAUCCCCUGUUUCUCCCAGGUCUCCAUUGCUGGACGCUCACAUGGUUCCCUCCAGCCCCCUGCAUCCCCCCAGCUGCCCUGGAACUCCCCCUAUACAGGACGAGGGCUGGAAAAUGACAGGCCCACGCAUGCCUGUGUCCAACUUUACAGCAGAUGGUAAGAGGAAAGCAACAGAAAGUUCGGACUCUUCUUUCCAGAGUGCAUCCAAACAUCUGCCUCACCAUGAAAGAAGGGACAGCUCUCUGAAGCCUGGCUUGGACAGAGGCGACACAACCAGCAUUACUGCAGCCACAGACGUGCUGGAGACACCCGUGGCCAUCCCUCGGGAUAAAGGGGUGGGAGGGGGCUCGGACAGAGACCACUCCUCCGAUGAACUCAACAGCAAAUUCCGCUCCCAGCGCCUUCGCUCUUCUUCCUCCUCAUCUUCCUCAUCCUCCUCCACCUAUGAGACCCCUGGCACUGGUGGCUUUGACACACCCACCCCUGCUCCAAAAAGUCCUCUCCCUCUGUGUGUGUCUUCUUCAGCGGGCCGUGGCCCUCUGUCCGGCACCAGUAUGACUCUGCCCAAGGUACGCACCCCGCUGACUCCCAGAGACAGCAUCCAGCUGGUGAAGAAGCACCACAGUCAGCCUCAGCCAGGGCUGGAGCGCCUCCAUCAGGUCAACGUCAGCAUAGAUAUCGGUUCCAGCGCGGUUCUGUUCCGCCGCAGCCAGGCACCGGCCUCUGUAUCGACGCUGGGGGUGGAGGAGACUGACAUUGAUGAAGGACCUUCGGAGAAUAUGAUGGAGGUGGUGGAGGAAGGGUCCACUGCAGGAGCGGUACUUCAUGAUGGAGUCUCGUUUGUGGGCUUGGCAGAGGAGCUGGAGAUGCUGGAUCCAGAGGCUUUGAAACCACCAACACCACCUCUGCACCGCUUUCCCUCAUGGGAGAGCCGUAUCUAUGCAGUGGCGAAGUCUGGCAUGAGGGUGUCAGAGGCCAGUCCUGGAGCCAGGAACACCGGAAGAGUGUCCAUCCUGCCUCAGUACCCUGCAGCCGGUCCUUUUACUCAUCUCAUCUACAAGAACAUCAGUGUUCCAGUCUACUCCACACUUAAAGGGAAAGCUACUCAGAUCAGCAGUGUUCCUCUUCCUGAUGAUGACUCGGGCUCAGAGGAUGAUAGCAGCUCACUGGUCAGUCUUCGCACCUCAGCUGUGGGUCUGGAGAGGAAGGGCAGCACCCCCGGAAGCCCUCGUGCUGUAAAGAGAGGAGUGUCCAUGUCCUCUAUCAGUUCAGAGAGUGAUUAUGCCAUCCCUCCAGAUGCCUACUCACUGGACAGUGACUACUCUGAGCCUGAGCAGAAAGUGCAGCGUACUUCAUCGUACUCCUGCGAGAGCGUGGGGCCUGAGACUCUGGAGAAGUCAGGCUACCUGCUGAAGAUGGGCAGCCAGGUGAAGGCAUGGAAGCGACGCUGGUUCAUCCUGAGGAAUGGAGAGAUCCUGUAUUAUAAAUCUCCAAGUGACGUGAUCCGGAAGCCUCAGGGCCAUAUUGAGCUGAACUCUUCCUGUCGUAUAGCCCGUGGAGAGGGGGCUCAGACAUUCCAGUUAAUCACAGAGAAGAAGACGUUCUACCUGACUGCAGACUCCCCCAACAUCCUGGAGGAGUGGAUCCGAGUUCUCCAGAACAUUCUUAAAGUCCAGGCCAGCGGGCCAAUCUUGGUGGAGAUUCAAGCCAAGCCCACAGUACGCGGCUGGCUGACUAAGGUCAGACAUGGUCAUUCCAAGCUUGUGUGGUGCACUUUAACUGGGAAGGUUUUCUACUACUACCGCAACCAGGAUGACAAGUUCCCUCUAGGUCAGAUCCGUGUGCGAGAGGCACGAGUGGAGGAGGUGGACAGGUCAUGUGACUCCGAUGAAGACUAUGAGGCAGGUGGGCGCGGCUUCCUCUCUUCUCACUGUACACUGGUGGUUCAUCCCAAGGAGCAAAGCCCCACCUACCUGCUUAUUGGCACCAAGCAAGAAAAGGACACCUGGCUGUACCAUCUGACUGUGGCAGCAGGAAGUUGUCCCAGCCUGAAAGUGGGCACAGAGUAUGAGCAGCUGAUUGGCAAGCUGCUGGAUGUAGACGGAGACUCAGACUCUCCACUGUGGAAACAUGAGGUUCUGUGCUACAGUAGGGACGGACUGCAAUCCCCACUGACCACUCUGCCCUCAGAAGCCCUUCAAACAGAGGCACUCAAACUCUUUAAGUCAUUUCAGCUGUUCAUAAAUGUGCUGGUGGAGGCGCCUUCCAUAGACUACCACACGUCUCUGGCCCAGAGUGCAUUGCAGGUGUGUCUGACCCACCCCGAGCUGCAGAAUGAGAUGUACUGCCAGCUGAUCAAGCAGACCAACUGCCGCACGCCCAACAACUACUCUCUCACACAGUGCUGGCAGCUGUUGUCCGUAUGUGUGGCCCUCUUCCUGCCCCAGCAUCGCUUCCUGUGGUACCUGAGACAGUACCUGCAGAGAAACGCUGAUCCCAAGAGUGAGGUAGGGAAGUAUGCAGUGUACUGUCAGCGGUCAGUGGAGAGAGCUCUGCAGAAUGGAGAGAGAGAGGCCAAGCCGUCUCGUAUGGAGAUCGUGUCUAUUCUGCUGAGGAACCCUUAUCAUCACUCGCUGCCCUUCAGCAUACCCGUUCAUUUUAUGAACAACACCUACCAGGUAGUGGGGUUUGAUGGUUCCACCACAGUGGAGGAGUUCGUCAACACGCUGAAUCAGAGAGCGGGCAUGAGGAAGCCUCAGCUCUCCGGCUUCGCGCUCUUUACUGACGACCCUUCAGGAAAAGACCUGGAGCACUGCCUGCAGCCUGCUGCCAAGAUCUGUGAUGUGAUCUCAAAGUGGGAACAGGCCUUGAAAGAACUGCAGCCUGGGAAAUAUGAGGGAACACGCAUUGUUCGCUUAACAUACAAAAGCAGGCUGUGGUUCCGAGCACAGGCGAAAGGAGAAACGGAGAGAGAGCGCCUGCUGCUGGCGUAUCAAGUGAAUGAAGAGGUGCACCAAGGCCACUUUCCUGUUAAUAAAGAGCUGGCACUGGAAGUGGCUGCUCUGAUGGCCCAGGUGGAACAUGGCGACUUGGACCGAGCUCCUGCAUCUCCCAGCGCUUCUCCUGCAUCUCCACAGUCUAAAACCCAGCAGAUACUGCUGCAGGUUCUGGAACGCUUCUAUCCAAAACGCUACAAACAGGACUACAGUGUGGAACAGCUGAGGGAGCUGGCUGAGCGUCUGGCUGCUAAGUGGUCUGUUCUGCGGGGGUGCACUGCUUCAGAAUGUGUGAGGAUCUAUUUGACUGUGGCUCGCAAAUGGCCCCUGUUUGGAGCCAAGCUAUUCAGCGCCAAACCGCUGCCUCCCUCCACGCUACAGCAGACGCAGGUGUGGCUUGCUGUGAGCGAGGACGGGCUAAAUGUGUUAGAUUAUUCCAUGCACCUGUUGGUCACAUACCCCUACCAGUCAGUGAUCACCUUUGGAGGGUGCAAAGAAGACUUCAUGGUGGUGGUCAGUCAGACUAAAGACCAGGCUUUGGGGAAGAGGACCGUGGACAAGCUUGGAUUUGCGAUGGCUAAACCAAAGAUCUUGGAACUGACUCUGCUGAUGGCCAGCUACAUCAACUACUGGACGGCAGGCAUUCCAGCUGCCGGAGGUCAGAUGCAGCCCUCCCGAGGAGACAGGAAGCUGUGGGACAUCGAUAGCAGACAUUUCCCCUCAAUGACAUACACAACCAAAGGCCCCACACUUCUUUGAGGGAUCAGCAGUGCCCGAUAACAGACACUCUAAACUUGUACACAGGGUACAGAGAGAGCUAAAGCCAAGCCUUGCGCAAACACCCUCUGGUGGUCAUGGUGGUCUAUAUGCAGGAUUUGCAUUGGCACAGACCCUUUGACUUCUGAGUGGGAAGUUGGAUGAAAAGGCAACACAUGAAUUAUUUUUCAUCAUUCAUCACAUAAAAAAGAUCAAAUACUUGCCAAUGAAGGACAAGCAGUCCUUUUAUUUAUAAGCUACACAUUCUUUGGACCGUUACUGUGAGCUGCUCUGCGAGUGGGAUUUCAGGGUCAUGCAGCCACUCUACUUCUCGCUUCUUUGCUCAGUUAAGAUGGAAAAGAGGCUUUGCCAGUGCUUGAAAAUGGAGAAUGUGGAAGACUAAGAAAAGGUACUUUGCUUAAAAUAUUGACUGAAGCACAAAGGAAGAAGGCCUUACCUUGAAAGUAUGUAAACGAAUGCCUUCAAUCCAGGCUCUAGUUGGAUUUCUGUGGCUUUUUUUAAGUCCUGCCAUGACUUCUGUUUUGUUACUUUUUUCUUAGUCUAUGUUUUAUUUUCUAUUAUUUUUAUGUUGCAGAGUCUGUCUCAAAGUUUGUUGAAACUUUUGUUUAGUUAUAGUGUAGAAAUUUCAGGUACAAUAUUUAUGUGCCGCUUAAUUAGGUCUGUCAUGCUAACAAUUUAUUUUGGAUGAUUUAUUGUCCCAGAAUGUUUUGCUGUAAACUAUCAUUUUCAUUUGAAGACCAUUUUUGCCACUGAUAAAAUAAUAAAACAAAAGCAGUAGAAUGCAAGUAUGCCCUUUAAAACAGCAUUAAAAACAAAUAUAAUUUUAAACAUUUUAAUUUCAAUAUCCCAAAUAAUUAAAACCUGCUUUUAAACAAAGUUCACAUAUUGACUUACUGAUAUUAAUGGGCUCUCUUUGAUAAGUAAACACAAUGGGGAUUAUUAUGGUCAGCAAAAAAUAUUGUGGUAAUGUAAAUCGAUCACGUAAAUAUUGUGACAGGCCUACACUUAAUAAGAAAACUCAGCAUUUAAUUCCUGACUAUGCUGAGAGUAUUGGUGCUUUUGGAGUGAUGCCAUAGAGGAACCAUUUGUGUGAAAGUGUGUAAAUGUAAAGGACAUUUACAUCCACUGCUUUAAACUUUCUCUACACAUAUAUAUAUAUAUAUAUAUAUAUAUAUAUAUAUAUAUAUAUAUAUAUAUAUAGGUUUUACAAAAUUCUUACUAUUAGGUAUCACUUAAACAGCCCUUUGUAGUUCCUUUAUUUUUUAAUGACAUUAUGCCAUUAUUGUUAAUAUAAUACAUUUGACAGCUUUCCUGAUUUUUGGUUGUGACAGCUUUAGGCUAAUUUUUGCUCAAUGCUAAAUGGAGCCUUCAGUCUGUACUCUGUAUUCAGUUGUUUCAUAUUUGUACACAUUCUCUGAAAGCGGAUAUGGAUACAGACGGAAACAGCAGCACCACUGGGAAUCACGGGGGCAGUGUAGCCAAUGGUUCACAUUCAACCACUGCCACAUGGACACAACAAAAAGGAAACUCUGGCAGAAAAGAAAGUUAGGAUGGAAAGUUUUACACCUCUCACAGACGUUUAUGAUGUCUUUUUUGUCAUUAUUUUAUUUUGUACUUGUACAUUAUCAUGACUUAUUCCAGUGUCUCUAUGCUGGAUGGUGUCAGAAAAUUUGAAGUAUGUGUGCAGUGACCAUUACAAGACAAAUUCAUUUUUGUAUGUAAAAGGAGUGUAAAUGAGCCUUAAGAACUAUACAAAAUAUUUUAAUAAAGACAGACAUUUUAAUUAAAACAGCAUGGGGAUUUGACAGAAUUCAAAUAACAAAUUUUGCAGCUAGAUAAGUUCAAUUUCUGAUAUAAAUUAAUUAUAUACAGCUAGUUGGUUUAAUGAUAUGAACAAAUUAAUGUUUUUCUAAUAAAUAAAUAAAUAAACAUGUACAGUAUAUUACAUAUUUUUGCCUGGAACUGACUUAAACCUAAUCAGCUUCUUUGGUCAUACUGUCCAAACCAUGCAGUGGAAAAAUCAUAGAUUUCAGAAUUUGUCACAGUCUUAAAUCAGACAUGUUUGGACAUGUGAUGGCAUCUGUUAACAGAGCUGUAGUGUAGAGCUUCUAAAUGAAUUUCAAUGUUAGGUAGAUAACAGGAUGUAUUACAGCAUUCUGUGAUGAUACACAGUGUCUUAAGAAGAUGACUAAUGUAGACGGGAAUCAGAUCAAAAUGUUUUGAUUGACUUGAAUUCUUUUAUGGAACAAACCACUGUCUGAGUUUUAGAUAUUUAUUUAGUUUUCUUAUUAUUGCUGUUUUUUUUUGUCUCAGCCAGUCUGCAAAUAGUUUCUUAAAUGUUCUGAGAAGCUUAGGAAGAACCACCUCAUUUGCUCAUGUCAGAUUUAGGUUGUACAUGGACAGAAACAGAGAAACGUGCUGUGAAGGCACCAAAUCUUCCAUGCGUUAAUGGAUGUAUGUUGAAAUAAAAGGUACAACAUGGCCA